CCUUGGGAUUUUCUGGCAACGUCACGGUGUACACCAGAAACAAAAUGUUGAAUUCUUGUUAUUCUUCCUACUGUGAAAGCAAAACGCUGUCAGUCAGAGUGUUAGUUGUUCUUCUCCAGUUCUCCCUCACAGUCACAAAGAUAUCGGCCGGGUUGGGUUCAAAUUGCCAAGGCUAAUUCUGGGACUAAUGUCGGAAAUGGAAAAUGAACAACAUUUUGAUGUCAUCAAAGGGUUACACGGUGCGCACGUCAAACACUUGAAUGAUGUACUGGAAAACAUUUUCAAGUACUUGGAUGCUGAAAGCCUACUAAAUGCAGAACUCACUUGUAAAGCUUGGAAAGCAGCUGCUUCUGUUGUGAAUCAAAAGAAACUGUGGAAGUUGUGCUGUGUAAUUUAUGUACUCAUGUCGGAAAAAGAAAAUGAACAACAUUUUGAUGUCAUCAACGGGUUACACGUAAGACACAUGAAUAAUGUAGUGGAGGAAAUUUUCCAAUACUUGGAUGCUGAAAGCCUACGAAAUGCAGAACUCACUUGUAAAGCUUGGAAAGCAGCUGCUUCUGAGGUGAAUCAAGAAAAAUUGUGGCAAGUGUUGCUUCAAAACAAAAUGUUAACUUCACCACUAUGGGAGAGACUUGAUCAUUGUCUACCAUCAAAACUUCCUCAACCUUCCAGUAAUAGCUUGUCAUCCCGGAACCUCUUCAACAAAUUUGAGUUUACCGUUAAGGCUCUCCAAAAAAACUGGUUGGAAAAUGACUUAAACAGGGACUAUGUUGAUUGUGAUGUUAGAUUGCGAAGAGGUGUCCUCCAGAUAAGCAACAAGUUCAUUGCUCUAUGGGAACCCAUCAAUGGAGUAUUUAAAAUUUGGAACAGAAUUACAUUGAAAUUGGAAGAGGUUAUUCAGGGACCUCCAGUUAAAUUUGAUUUGAAUUAUGAAUUGUAUGAACAUGCACUACUAUAUUCAUCGAAUGGAUGGAAUGGAUGGAUUUAUAUCCGGAAUCUUACCACAAAAACAACAAAAAUUUAUAAGCCUUUUGGAUCAGAUAAUGGAAAAUCGAUAAUUUAUUUACGUGUCGAAAACGGAUUUCUUAGCUGUGCUGCUGCUAAAAAGGAAACGUUUAUCAUGAAGAUGAACUAUCGUAGCGAUGUUGUUGUCUGGAAAAUGAAAUCUCCAACUGAAAUUGAAUGGGAGAAUCCCAGGACAGUUUCAUCCGUUAGAAUGGACUGCACCAGCAGAAUCUUAAUGGAUAAUAAAUUCAUUGUUGUCGCUCAUCAAGAAUCGUUUGAUACUACCUGUGAUGUCUAUCUCAUGUCAAAGCCUCAGAGAAAACCAAAAUUCAUAAAACUGGUGGGAUAUCCUGAACUUUUAUUUCAAGAUGGAAUUCUUCUCAUGGUCACGAAUGAAGGCGAAAUCAAAAUCGUAGAUGUGGAGACGAAUAACUCAAGAAUUAUUGCCAAUAUUGGGGUGGAUGUUUCGGAACGCAGUAAUUUCUUGAGAAUUCAUUCUGGCUAUAUAUUUGCCUUUUUCCUUGUUGGAUGCCCACAUGGAUCUCGAAUUCAAAUUUGGGAUUUCAAAAAAGCCACUGAUCCCACAACGAAUCUGCCUCUUCCGCCAUUUUUCUCUCAUACCGUGUAUAUGGAACCACCACUGGUACUUCACGCUGACGCAUUUGGAGUACUGACAGUGAACCGAGAAACUGGAACUGUGAAUUCGCGCAAUAUCAUAUGGGCACUCAAUUUUCUACCAAUCUGCAAUUUUUGCAAGCAGGUUAAGAAACGUUUGCUUAAAUGUGCUUCGUGUUUGUCUGCCAAAUAUUGUAGUUCCGUUUGUCAGAAAGCUGACUGGAAUCAUCACAGGUAUUUGUGCCGAAAAACAGAGAAAAAUGUUCCCUUUACUUUGGCCUAAACUAUGGGUUUGCCAUUUGGUUAAUGAAAGGAGUGGAGAGGUUUUCAUGAUUUGUGGAUUUUUUAAAACUUAGUAAAUCAUGCUUUUCUAAGACCAUAAUCUAGAGGAUCUAUCGCCGGAAAAAUAAUCGCACUUAAAAUUUUUCUUUUCGUAUUUAAGCUUGUUUCUCCCUGUUGCUUUGUUUGUGUUUGUCGUAUAAGGUAUAACUUUGGUAACCCGAUUGUGUAUUUUGUUCAAAAAACGAAAUAUAUACCUUCUUUAAUUCUAA